GUAUGGAGACGAAUUGUCAGAAAGAUGGAAUGAUUUUGAAACGUAUCCGACGUGCAACUGCAACUGCAACUGCACCAUUACCAUCCAUUGCAGCAUCGUUAAAUGCAUCAAAACAUGAAGUUUUAAUACAUUCAAAAAUUAAGGCCAACAAGUUGAUUGAGAAGUGCUUGGAAAUACAUCAGUAUUGUACGGAAGAAUCGAGUACCAGUCGAGGACCACCUGGGCCAAUUGGACCACCAGGACCACCUGGGAAUCCGGGAAAACCUGGACCACCCGGACGAGAAGGUCUAAUGGGAAUGCCUGGACCUCCAGGUCCACAAGGACCUCCCGGAACGCCCGGAAAACCUGGGAUUUGUCCAAAAUGUCCGGUUGCGGAAAAUCUUGAAAUGCUUCGUAAAACAGAAUGUGCGAAAGUUAAACCAAUGGAAUGUCCAACACAGACAACACAUGUUCGAAAUGGUGGACCGCGAUACACCGAACAUCAAUUACCAUAUUUUGUUAGACUAAUGCUUCUGAACGAUACUAAACUGAUGCCGGAAAUUGAUAAAUGUGUUCGCGUUUGUCUAUCAAAUAUAACAUUACCAUCUGAAGCAGAAAGUUCGUUAACUAGCACUGAGAUACCGUAUAUCGAGGGAGCAACUGCACAUUGUUAUUUGGAUGAUGUUGGUAAACCAAUAUUUCAUGCUCAUUCUAAUACCUAUUUUGGAUCAUGGAUGCGUGAUGCUUAUCCACAAAAUGGAAAGGAUAUGAUGAAGCGUUGGAUGACAAAACAUUUUCAAGGUGAAACAGUGGAAGAGUAUUUAGAUGAAGGUGACAUGCGAAGGCAACGCAUUUUUGUCACACAUCAUUUACCUUAUCUAUAUGAUGGAACGAAUUUGAUAUUUUUCAAUGGUUCAAUAUAUUUCCAUCGUGCUGGCACUCCUAAAAUCGGCAAAUAUGAAUUACUUUCAAAAGAUUACAACGAAGUGCUAAUUGAUAAGCAUGCAGCGCAUAAAGGGAACAGUUACCUGUUCAAUUUAUCGAUGAAUUAUUUUGAUUUGGCGGUGGAUGAGAAUGCUUUAUGGGUGUUGUUUCAUUACGAGGAUGAAGAAUACCUAUCAGUAGCUAAAUUAGACAUUAGCAAUCUAACUAUCUACGAAACAUGGAAUUUAACUUUGAUUAAUCAUACCGAAGUGGCGAACGGUUUUGUCGUGUGUGGUGUACUUUAUUUGGUAAAAAGUUCAUAUGAGUUAAAAAGUGAAAUAGCAAUCGCAUACGAUCUCUACCGUAAUAAAUAUCGCAAACCAAACAUCCAUUGGAUUAAUCUAUAUCGAAACGCUAAUAUGAUAUCAUAUAAUCCUUACGACAAACGAAUUUACGUCUAUGAUCAUGGGUAUUUGCUAACUCUACCAGCAAGAAUUACCUGGAGAGCCAAAUAA